AUGAUGGUACAAAUCAAACAUUGUGCCAUUGAUAAAUUUGUUAUGAAUUUAUUAAUAAAGUUGUUUGUUGGAGGCCUCAGUUGGGAGACAACACAAGAGGCUCUUCAGAGAUAUUUUUCUCGUUAUGGAGAUGUUGUUGAUUGCGUUGUAAUGAAAAAUACGGAGUCUGGACGAUCGCGAGGAUUUGGUUUUGUGACUUUUGCAGAUCCUACCAAUGUUGGUGUUGUUUUACAAAAUGGACCCCAUGUUCUCGAUGGAAGAACAAUUGACCCGAAGCCUUGCAAUCCUAGAACAUUAUCAAAACCAAAAAGAAAUAAUGGCUAUCCUAAAGUUUUUCUCGGAGGAUUGCCUUCGAAUGUAACAGAAACGGAUUUGAGACAAUUUUUUAUGAGGUACGGAAAAGUUAUGGAAGUUGUAAUAAUGUAUGAUCAAGAAAAAAAGAAAUCUAGAGGAUUUGGAUUUUUGUCUUUUGAAGAUGAAGAUGCUGUCGAACGUUGUGUGGCCGACCACUUUGUUAAUCUACAUGGAAAGCAGGUUGAAAUUAAAAAAGCGGAACCUCGGGAUGCAUCAGGAAAAAUGAAUGAUAGCGGAAAUACUUGGGGUGCUCCUCAAGGCGGACCUCAAAUGGGAUUAGGAGGAGGAAUGGGAAUCGGGGGACCCAAUGGUCAAAUGUCUGGACCUAUUGGAGGUAUGAGCCAUCUUCCUCCUGGUAAUAUGAUGCAGAGUUAUCAAGGAUGGGGAACUCCACCUGCUUCCACAGGAUAUCCAGGUUAUGGCACUCCUUCCGGAGGUUAUCAACAAUGGGGAGCUCCCCCAGGCCCACAAAAUCAACAAAUACCUCCUCCUCAGUGGGGUUCCAAUUAUGCUUCACAGCAAAACUAUGGAUCUUACGGACCUCCUCAAGGACCUCAAAGUGGUUAUUCUAGUAGUUGGAAUUGGAACAUGCCCCAAAGUUCGGGAGGUCCGGGUCAAGGUGGUCCGGGACCCACUCAAGGAGGACCUCAAGGAGAUAUAUACACUAGAGCUGCGUCUAAUGCCGGACCUGGGAGCGGCGGCCCGGCUCCGCCAGGUUCUGGUCCCACUCAAAAAACUGCGGAUUACAGCUACGGAAGCUACGGUGCAUACUCUCAGGAUUCUUCGAGUUAUGGAGGAUCGACCAGGAGCUAUGACACUACGUCUGCUAGUGGCAAUGGAACUCCAGGAUAUGCUUCCCAUGCACCACCAGUUCCAGGUCAGAAAGCAUUUGAUUACAAAGAAUGGCCCACCUCGUGA